CUUUUGCUCAAAAAAAAAAAAAAAGCACUCCGGCGGAGAGUUCACGCGAGGCUAUCAGUCUUCUUCCCCAGCGAACCAGCUAGAAUGUCACCGCCAUAUCUCCGCUCAUCAUCACCACAGCACGAUGGAUUUCGCAACUGUGGAUGCUUCAUCAGCUUUCCGAGUAUUUGCCGGAGAUUGGGAGAUUUCGGUUUUGUCAACUUUGGGUGUGGUUUGGAUCCGGAUAUCCGGGUUUUUAACGGAUAUGUGUUCGGAUCCGGAUCCGGAUACUUCAAAACAGGCCGCACAAGAGAGCUGACAGGUGUCAGUGACUCAUUCGCUCUCAUUCAAUGGAGGGAAAAUUCGUAUCUCUCUUCUCUCUCAUUCAGUGCGUUUUCUCUUACUUGAGUCUCGCUGUUGAUUUGAUCAUUUCAGAAGCAAGAAGAAGUUCACGGAACCAAGAACAAGGGUUGAUUUGAUCUUUUCGGAAGCAAGAAGAAGAAGUUCACGGAAGCAAGAACAAGGGUUGGUUUUUAUAUUCUCUGAAGCAAGAAGAAGAAGUUCACCGAGCAAAAGGGUUGGUUUUUAUAUUCUCUGAAGCAAGAAGAAGAAGUUCACCGAGCAAAGAUCGACAAGGAAUCUCAUAUUCUACUACUGUGAACGAUGGUGAAAGACAAGCCUGAGGUGGAUUCUCAACUGCAGCAGUCCUCAGCAGAAUCAAGCCUUUUCUACUUCCCCCUUGAAGAGAGUGUGAAAAAAACUCUACAAGAAUGAUAUGAAACCUUACGAACUUGCACGGUUAGAGGGAAAGAGUCAGCUCCAAUAUAUAUCUUUUGUGAAAAAACUCGAGGCAAAGAAGGCAUAUAAAGCAUACUUUGAAGCACUUGCUGGGGAUGCACCUGCAUCUGCUACUGAGAACUUACCUGCUGAGGGUGAGGACGUACCAGCUGAGGGUGCAUCUGCAUCUGUUGUUGUGGGUGCAUCUACUACUAAUAACGCAUCUGCAUCUGCUACUGAGGACGCACCAGCUGAGGGUGCAUUUGCAUCUGCUUUUGAGGGUGCAUCUACUACUGCGAACGCAUCUGCAUCUGCUACUGAGGACGCACCAGCUGAGGGUGCAUCUACUACUGAGAACGCAUCUGCAUCUGCUACUGAGGACACAUCUGCAUCUGCUACUGAGGACACACCAGCUGAGCGUGCAUCUACUACUGAGGACACACCAGCUGAGCGUGCAUCUACUACUGAGGACACACCAGCUGAGCGUGCAUCUACUACUGAGGACACACCAGCUGAGCGUGCAUCUACUACUGAGGACACACCAGCUGAGCGUGCAUCUACUACUGAGGACACACCAGCUGAGCGUGCAUCUACUACUGAGAACGCAUCUGCGUCUGCAUCUGCUACUGAGGACGCACCAGCUGAGCGUGCAUCUACUACUGAGGACACACCAGCUGAGCGUGCAUCUACUACUGAGGACACACCAGCUGAGCGUGCAUCUACUACUGAGAACGCAUCUGCGUCUGCAUCAGCUACUGAGGACGCACGAGUUGAGGGUGCAUCUACUACUGAGAACGCAUCUACUACUGAGAACCCAUCUGUUGAGAACCCAUCUGUUGAGGGUGCAUCUCAAUCUCAGCCGUCUUCUGAAGCAGCUGCAAAGGUCAAGCAGGGAAAAAAGAUAGUUCAGCCCAAUGCAAUUGUAAAGCUGGAAAAAUUAGAUUGGUCGCAAAUUCCUGAAUCUCCAUGUAUCAAGAUCUUUCACAGCCACUAUACCGGAGAGAAGAGAAGCAGUAAACAAGCAUCUAAACGGGGAUUUGCUUCCGGAUCUGCAUAUGCUGCUGAGAACGCAUCUACAUCUGCUCCUGAGACCGCAUCUGCAUCUGCUGCUGUGAACGCAUCUGCAUCUGCUACUAAGGACGCACCUGCUGAGGGUGCAUUUGCAUCUGUUGUUGAGGGUGCAUCUACUUCUGAGAACGCAUCUGCAUCUGUUGUUAAGAACCCAUCUGUUGAGAACCCAUCUGUCGAGGGUGCAUUUACUACUGUGAACGCAUCUGCAUCUACUACUACAUCUGCUACUAAGGACGCGACUGUUGUGAACGUAUCUUCUGAGGGUUCAUCUCAAUCUCAGCCGUCUUCUGAAGUUGAAGCAUCAUCCGAGCGUCAACUCCAGGAUGAGUUGUCUGCGGAGUUGACUGGAUUUACCCAUGCUCUAAAAGAAUUUAUAGAGCUCAGCAAAGUAGCCAUUGAUAAUAUGACUGAUAAUCAGGAAAAAAGGAAAAGGACGGCUCGUGUGGAGGAGUCGAAAACAGCAUCCUGUAAAGCUGCCAAGUUCUUUUUGGAUGGAAGGCAAGUUGAUAACCUGAUGAGUUCAGUGGUUAAAGUGUCUUGAUAUAUAUCUAUAUAUAAUAAUAUUUGAGAAGUGUUUUUGCUGACGUGUCGGACUCUCGGCUCUUGUUGAGUCAUU